UAACUGACAAGGCCUCGAGAUUGAAUUGAAGGGGUUUUCUACGCAAUGGGGCUUACACUAUCGGAGCCAGUGACAAAUAAAGAAUCAGCCUACUGUCAGAAUGAGCAUUUUAGGGUCGGUUCGAGUUGCAUGCAAGGAUGGCGUGUUCGCAUGGAAGACUCCCAUACACACAUCUUGUCGCUACCUGACGAUCCGGAAGCAGCCUUCUUUGCCGUAUACGAUGGGCAUGGUGGUGAAAAUGUGGCACAGUAUGCUGGAAAGCACCUCCACAAGUUCAUUGUCAAGCGCCCAGAAUAUGAGGAACACCCCGAUGAGGCCAUGAAACAAGCAUUUCUGGACAUUGACGAUGCAAUGCUAAAAGAUGAGAAGCUCCGGGAACAAAUGGCUGGAUCAACGGCUGUGACAAUUCUUAUUAAGAAUAACACGCUUUAUUGUGCAAAUGCAGGAGAUUCAAGAGCAGUGGCAUGCAUUAAUGGUAAGGUGGAGGUUCUCUCGAUUGAUCACAAGCCCAACAAUGAACGUGAGAUGAAGAGAAUCUUUGAGGGUGGAGGAUUCGUCGAGUAUAAUCGUGUCAAUGGGAAUUUGGCUCUUUCGCGUGCUCUAGGUGAUUUUGUCUUCAAGAAAAACACCCACAUGAGUCCACAGGAUCAAAUUGUCACGGCCUUUCCGGAUGUUGAGGUGAGAAAAAUCACACCGGAAUGGGAGUUUGCUGUAUUAGCUUGCGAUGGAAUUUGGGAUGUACUCAGCAAUGAAGAUGUUGUGGACUUUUGUAGGCAGCGAAUAGCUCUUGGUCUCUAUCCAGAGGAGAUUUGUGAACAAUUGAUGACACGAUGUCUCGCCCCAGACUUUCAGAUGGGUGGUUUGGGGGGUGAUAAUAUGACAGCGGUGCUUGUGUGCUUCUUGCACGGUAAAACGUACGAGGACUUGCAGGCCAAAUGUUCCUCAUCACUCAACAAUCACUCACCGCAAGAGUCGCAGGAGAGCGAUGAAACUCCAGACCUCAAGUGAAUACCCACAAUUCCUAAUGCACUUCCACCUCUCACCUAUAGUGCGGUGAAGGUAAAAGAGAUAUUUCUUAUUAGGGGAACUUCAGAACUUUACUAUUUUCUUCCACAAAACUUUCUGUGUUAGGUGAUGUGUUUUCGUUCAAUGUGUAGUCUGUUUUACAGCUUCCUAGAAGAGAUUUUACCACACGUAAUUAUUGUAGAUACCUACCUACAUAAUAUACAUAAAUAUACCAAAAGGUAUUUACCAAUUGGGAUUCUCAAAACCUAUGUACUAGUGCUCAAGUUUCAAAUUGAACUGGCUGCUACUGAAAAACUAGACUAGACUGUUAAAUCCCAAUUGGAAGUUUCCUUAUUGGAUUGAUAGAGAAAUCCCUUCAUGUGGAUUGCUAUAAGUGAAAAAAAAAACUAAUAAUCCAAAGGCAUUGAUUGUAACAUAGAGUAGUGAUUAAGGACAUUUUUAAUUUAAAAAUAAAUUGAUAACAAGGAAGUUUUUGCAAUAAAUUUUGAUGAAUAGAA